AUGACUGUAAGCAGGCACCAAAUCUCCUCAAUUCACACAAAUGUUUGCCCUAACCGCCAUGGCUUGAAAACAGUAGAACUUGGUGUGACAGAAGCAGUCCAGAGACAUGCGUCUCGACAUGUUGUUGCCCCUAAACCCGUGUCGCAGCGAAAAUUGGACUUUGAGCAUGCCCGUCCACGAUGGCUGCGUGAGUGCAUGGCCGAAGCCACAGGAGUCUUCUUUUACGUUUUCCCUGGCAUUGCCUCUGUGGCUGCAUUUACGCUCAACGGCACUUCCCCAUUGGGAGUGACGGCAUUCGGCAGCUUAUUCCAGAUUGGCUGUGCAUUCGCACUUGGCAUUGCGUUUGCCAUUAUUACCUGUGCUCCGGUUUCUGGUGGUCAUUUCAACCCUGCCAUUACAAUUGCCCUGGCUAUAUGGCAGGGCUUCCCCAUCAAAAAGGUGCCAUACUAUAUAUUCAGUCAGAUAUUCGGAGCAUUUAUUGCUGGCCUACUGGUGGUCGGCAUGUACUGGACACAGAUUCAAGAAAUGAAAUCAGUCCUGCUUGAAAAGGGCAUGCCGCUGGUAGCCAACGGCGCACCGGCCAGCAUUCUUUGUUCGUUCCCAAACCCGGAUCAGACAAAUAUGGGCUAUGUGUUUUUGACAGAGUUCUUCGUUGAUUCCUUCAUUGCAAUCGUCAUUUGGGCCUGCAUAGACCCUGCAAAUCCAUUUGUCGCCCCUGCAGGUGCGCCCUUCGUCAUCGGCUUGGCAUAUGCGGCCAUGGUCUGGGGUUUCGCCGGCAUCACAAUCAGCACCAAUCUGGCUCGAGACCUUGGCACACGCAUUGUCGCUGCCAUCUUUUUUGGCAAGGAGGCCUUCACUUACAUGAACUACACCCCGAUUGCGGUUCUUGUGAAUAUCCCGGCCACAAUUUUUGCCACGGCCUACUACGAGCUUCUCAUGCGAGACAGUUUGAUGAACAUCACAAAGGGUCAUGCUGUACAUGAGUCCGGUGAUGAUGGGCUGAUGAGACAUCUGACCAAAACAGGUACUUUGGAUGAAAAGGAAUAA